UAUUCAUUUUCAUAUUCAAGAAUCAUAUUCAGCAUCAAAAACGACAGUUAAAUAAAGUCAUGGCCGCUAAAAAAGAACAUGAAAUGCGGGCGAUGCGCUGCCUGCGGUGCCUGCAGGUGGUGGAGUGCUCGCGAUACGACACCAAUGCCCUGCUCGUCCACAUUAAGGAUAAUCACCCCGAGAUCUUUGAGCAGGACAAUGACAAGAUUAAGAACCUGUACAAGCUGGCCGCCGAGCAUGGGGUGAGUGAGGAGCGCGUGUCCCAGAUCGGCAAGAUGACGGGCAUGACCGAGGCGCAGAUGGCCGAUGAGGCGGAGCGUUACAUUGCGAAGCAUCCGAGCAGUGGUCUCAGCGGAGGAUCGAAGGCGGAAGGAUCUGAGAAACAGUCGGGAUCUGGCAAGCAACGCGAGUGCGAGGCGGCAAAGGCCAAGGCGAACGCAAAAGCAAAAGCAAAAGCGAACAACCGACGUCAGUGCUAUCGGGCAUCGAUUGAGCGCUGGACACCCGUGGACGGGAGCAUCUACUGCCCCAGCUGCGGCUGCAACCGCCGGCCGGUGGUCAAGUCCAGGACGGAGGUGAUCACCAGCCACGGCUGUGCCGCCUCCUGCGUGAUCAGCUGCUGGCCGCUCUGCUUCCUGCCCUGCCUCGUGCCGCCGGAGAACCGCGAGUACCUCUACUGCUGCAACUGCAAGUCCUUCCUGGGCAUCUACGAUCGCGAGAAGAACUGCGUCAAGCCGAGCAAGGAGUUCGUCCCCAGCUCCUAUGCUUGUCCCAAGAAUUCGUAGAGGGGUUAAUUGUGUGUUUGUGUGUGUUCAAAUUGUUCGUAUGAUUAAUUAUAUUUGGAGAGA